GGACAAACCAUUUUGAGAGCAGUGAACAUUAGCACUGCAGUAGUUGACCAGUUAACAGAUCAAAAUUGUGUUAAUAAACUAUUGAGGAAAUACAGAUGGUGAUACUGAGAGAGUUGCUGAUGUUGUUCAGAGAUACAGAAGAGUCAUCAUUUCCUUCUAAUGGAGUUUUGCCACAUGUCCUGUUUGAGUUCGUCUCCUCCCUUGGCAUCAUCACUAUGACAUCCAGCCCUAACAUUCAAUGAAAUACUGUUUCAAAGAACUUCUCAACAAUGGACAACUGUUCUGCUCUUCAUGUGCUUCUCAUGAUCUCCAUCAUGCCUGGCUGGCUAGGGGGUGACAUUAUAAUCUCAAAAAAACAGCAUGAGUUCCGUUCAAGUAAAAUCUCUCGCGGGUCCAAUCUAAGAGUGAGACGAGGCUGGAUUUGGAGCCAGAUAUUUGUUGAAGAAGAAGAUCCAACACCAAGGAAGAUUGGUCAGCUGAAAUCAGAUGAUGACACAGGGGACUUUACUAUCAAGUAUAUCCUCUCAGGUGAAGGAGCUGGUGAAAUCUUCAAAAUUGAUGAGUACACAGGUGAUAUUUACUUAUCACAACGUCUGGACCGUGAGCUAAAGCCCUUCUACAUACUACAGGCCCAGGCCAUCAACCGCAGCUCCAAACAGCCUGUUGAACCUGAAUCUGAGUUUAUCAUUAAUGUUCAGGACAUCAAUGACAACUCUCCAGAAUUCAUUAAUGAGCCCUAUGUAUCCAGCAUUCCAGAGAUGUGUCCCACAGGAACCACAGUUAUCCAAGUGACAGCCACAGAUGCUGAUGACCCUAUGUUUGGGAACAAUGCUAAACUCAUCUAUUCCAUCUUGGAAGGGGAGCCCUACUUCUCAGUGGAACCCAAAACAGGUAUAAUUGUGACAUCAUGGCCUAAUAUGGACAGAGAAGCCAGGGAGACCUAUCUGGUUGUGGUUCAAGUGAAAGAUAUGCUCGGACUCACUGGAGGCUACAGCGCCACAACCACUGUGACCAUCAGCCUGAUGGAUGUCAAUGACAACGGACCCACUUUCCAGCACAAUUUGUAUACAUUUGCUAUAUCAGAGUCAGCCCCAGUGGGCACUACAGUGGGAAGAAUAAUGGCAGAUGAUGGUGAUGUUGGUCUGAACGCUAAAAUGAACUACAGCUUAGAAGAUCUUGAGGAGAGCAGCACCUUCACAAUCCAGACGGACCCUGACACUCAAGAGGGGAUUGUCAUACUCGCUCAGCCACUGGAUUAUGAGAGCAAGAGGCGGUUCGUCAUUGCUGUAGAGGCCAUCAAUGAAAACAUAGAUACACGCUUUUUGAGUGCAUAUGAGUUUCAUGACAGGACAACACUCAAAAUCACUGUGACAAAUGUGGAUGAACCACCCAUCUUUUAUGAAGCACCUUAUAACUGGAAAGUUCUAGAGAGUGCCCAAAUAGGCACUCAAGUUGGUACAGUCUACGCUAAAGACACUGACACCACCAACAACCCCAUAAGAUACAGCAUUUCAAAGAGCAGUGACACACGUCAGAUGUUCAGAAUUGAUCUCAGUAAUGGGACAGUGUAUGUGGCUAACCUUUUGGAUCGAGAAACAGCAGCCUGGUACAACUUGACCAUCGACGCCAGAGAGAUCAGCGAUGAGCAGCUGUCCUCCUCAGUGUUUUUGCACAUCACAGUCCUUGACAUCAAUGACAAUGUGCCCACCCUGUCACAAGACUAUCAGCCCUAUGUGUGUGAGGACACACAGGCAGGAGAGCUAAUUGAGUUGAUCAGUGCCACUGAUGCAGAUGAUCCUGUAGAUGGCCAUCAUUUCUAUUUCUCCAUGAUCCCAGACAAACACAUCAACCCCAACUUCACCAUCAGAGACAACCAAGAUAACACAGCUAGCAUUCUGGCACGGAGAAGCACCUUCACUCAACAUGAUCGCACACACUACCAUCUUCCAGUUGUGAUCAAAGACAGCGGUUCCCCCAUUCUGUCCAGUACCACCACGCUAACCAUCAGGGUGUGUGCGUGUCAGCCUACUGGUCACUGCCUAUCGAGUGGUGUGGAAGUCUCUCUGGACGUCAGUAUGCAGAUUUUACUGGGCCUCUCUGUUUGCCUCAUCACACUUGCAGCAAAGCUCUUGUGUUAAUGAGGGAAUAUUAUCUACUCUCCAAGCAGGCAAGUAUGACAGAACACAGGACAAUCUAAUAAGCUCUCAUAAUCAGUAUACUGAUAAACCAGUGUGACCUCACACUAAUAUAAUAACACUGAUGCUUAAUCAAGUGUCAUAAUGCUAAUGAUAUACUGUAUGUAAAUGAGGCUGCAUAUAUAAUUUGCAUAUGUGCAGUAUUGAGUGAAACAUAAUGAGCAUUUCUCCUUAAAGUCAGACAGCCAUUAUCCCAAUAAUUUUGUCAGACUUGAUUUUGUGAUAAUGACCAGCUAACUGUAAUAUUUCAACGCACUAUUUCCCUGUUUAAUACUGUAAAACUGCUUUGACACAAUCUGCAUUGUAAAAAAAAAAAGCUAUACAAAUAAUGGUUACUUGACUUCACUAUACAAUGUGUCUUAAUAUAGUGGUGCAAUAUUCUGUUCUGUCUUGUGUUCCCCUGUUUUGUGUUUAAAGACUUUUGUUUUGUAAUGUUUGCUCCCUUCUGUGUCUGCUUUUGCUUCCUGUGUUCAGUUUCUGUUUGCCUUGUUCCCUAUUCUGCCUUGUUUGCCUUCAUAGUUCCCCUUGUUUGUUACCAUAGCUACCCUUGUUAAUCACCUCCAACUGUCCCUUGUUAGCCCUGGUUAAUGUACAUCUAUAUACCCCUGUGUUUUUACUCAUAUUCUUUUUCUGGUGUUGUCCAUUGUGGCUGUGAGUUGGUUUUUCCUCAGUUCUGUUCCUUUUAUUUUUGGUUCAGUUUUGUUACUUGCGGAACUCCAUUUGUUUUUGUGAUUUGGCUGUGCGCAUUUUUGUCAUUUAUUGAAUAAGCUACUCAACUCCAUUUGGAUCCUGCUGUACGUCCUUUCUGAGAUUGCCUUUCUGAGAUUGCCAGAUUUACCACAGCUGGUGUCUUUGGUGGUAUCUAGUCCAGUAGUCUCAGAGGUCCUUCCACCAUUCUCUGAUGGUGACCACCAUCUUCUAUGUUUGGGCAACACACUGCCCUCCAGCUCCUCCCAAAGUGACAGAAUCUGCUCCAGCUCCCCCAAAGGCAGUGGUGUUCAUUCCAGAUAUAUUUACCUGUCAAAGAGGCCAUCCCUGAAUUCUUUUACUUGUCCUGUCAUGGCAAAGGAGGCCAUACACCCUGCCUGCCAUUUAAUGAUCACAGAGGGGCUCCCUACCCCUCUGCCCAAAAUCUGUCUCUCACAUUUCUGCCGGAUGCCACUCUUGGUGCAAAAAAAAAAAAAAAAAUACAAGCAGCUUGCUUUGUUUGAUGGCUGUUCCAUCUCCCUCUUGAAAACAUUGCAGAGGUUUUUGGUUGGGUUCAGGUUUGGAGAAUGUGCUGGCCAUGACAUUGUCUUGAUGUGGUGUUCUACCAUCCACACCUUGAUGGACCUGGCUGUGUGACACAGGUCAUUGUUCAGCUGGACAAACCAAUCUUCAGAUUUGGGGAAGAUUGUCAGAGCAGAAGGAAGCACGUUUCUUCCAGGAUAACCUUGUAUUUGGUUUGCUUCAUGCUGAAGCACCCCCAAAUCAUGACUGAUCCUUCACCAAACGUCACUUAUUUUUUUACUGGCUACAUAGUCAUGCCAGCAGUGAAGUUGACUCAUCUCUCCAUCUCACUGGCUGCUGUGUGGAAGCCUUUCAUCUCUUCCAAGCCACCUCUCAAUUCACUUCUUCUCUGAUGAAUAAGGCAUACUUAUGUUAUGGUAGUGCGGCAUUAGCAAUGCACACUUUAGCUGUGUUACAGGCUUAUUGUAUGAGGCACCUGGACAAGGGCUUGGGACUGGAUGCCGAGAGAACGUCUAUGCAGACAUUUGGAAGUUUAGUUUCUUUCAAGUGGUCACUUGGGCAGCAGAGGUGAGCCUGAAAGAAAUGUUCUGAAGUGGAGACCACACCCCUAUUCAGAUGAAGAAAAUUAUGAAUUCACCUUAUUUCAUGUUAAAAACUCAUCUCACAGAAUCAAGGGUGCCAUCUAACUAACUAGCUAUGGAGCACUGUUAGAAAUCAGACUUUAAUUCCUCUCACAGGCCAUCUAUUGGCUUGGCAGCAGUUAGAGAGAGUGUCAAGGUUACAUCAUUCAGUACAUACAAACACAGACGACAUUUCUAGGAAUGACUUCUACAUACCCAAGAAAGACGUCAGAAUGUGUGCAAUUCUGGAUUUGAGGAAUUACUUUGCAAACUGUACUAGUUUUGUGUCACACAUUCACAAAGUAUAUGGAUGUGGUCUUAAUGCACCUGUGACUGUGUGGCAUUCGCAUAUCAUAUCUCAAUGAUUGGUUGGUGUUUGCUCAGAGAACUUGGCUUCACAGCAUUGCAAUGUAUCCUCGAUAGUUUGACAGACUUGGGGUUGCAAGUGAACCAAGACAGCAUUGUUUUAAUUGCUUUGGCAGCACACUUGUUUUUCUAGGUGUGGAGCUGGGUUCACUGGUCAUGAAGGCACGUACUGUAUAGUACACAGCAUAAAUGAGCACAACAUAAAGAUAUCAUUCUAUGUUUUUAAUGAUCAAUAUUCCAAUUCACACAAAGAUGACAACAUUGAAAUUUAUUAAACACAUACUUAAAGAAAAUAAUAAAAAUGUCCACAGUAUCUGUAAAAUAAGUAAAUUAUGCAAUUUUGCUUAAAUGAUGGGUUGCACAAAUUAGUAUUUUGCACUAAAUUAAACAAAUGUGUAAUCCUAGUAUGUAGAGUAUGCUUCAUAACUAAAUGUAUAAAAAACUGUAUGUAAAUAUACUGCUCUGACCCUUCUUGCAUUGAUGGAAAAUUUUUGCAUUUCUCUUGUUUAACUCUCCGAGGACAACCAUUUUUAUUGCCUUGAUGUUUGUUGGGGAGUGAUGUACACUGCAUGAUUUCCAGCUUGGGAGAAUGUAUAGAGUCAUUGUCGAGUUGGAAAUUGUCCAACAAUCCAGGGGUAUCAUCUUCUGUUUCAAAGGUUUACAUUACAUGUAUGAAUUCACUGAUAAAGAACAAUGAAUUUCCCCACACCUUCAGCACUCAUUCAUCCCUAUAUAAAAAUGUUACUUUCUCCAAACUUCACUGUAGGAAUCAGUCACUUCUCACUGUACUGCUCCCUCUGCAAAGCAAUACAUUUUGGAUGCUUUUUGAUCCAAAAUUGACUUGGUCAUUGAUCAUAGAUGAAGAUUUGGUAUUAACACGGAUAGCUGUGUUGUAGCAAAUUAAGCUCAAAGGAAAAUGUAUAUAAAUAAUUACAACUAAUUAUAAUUAUUUAUAUCAGUUGCCAGAAGUAACUGUAGCAGAAUAUUACAAUUAACUAAUCUGUUCGUCCAGCGAACAUGCAGAGUAAUUUCAUAUCAUCUCUAAGAAAUGACAUUUUUGUGGCCACAGAAAAUCACUUUCUUACAGUACCUAAUGCAUUAGAACAGUGGUCAUCAAUUCCAGUUCUGGGCUACCACUGCUCUGCACAUUUUGUAUGCCUUAAUUAUUUAACCCCCUGGGGUCAGAGAGUGUUUUGGGGGCCUGGAAAAGUUUUGACAUGCCCUGACAUUUGUGCUUUUUUUUCCAGUUGCUUUUAAACAUAUAAAUGGCUAAAGUCUAAAAACACUGUAAUCAGCACAAACUGGGCUACAAUAAUAUGUUAGCAGCAUGUCUGUACAUGGUUGUGUUUUUGAGAAAGCAACGUUAAUGCGUGGUUAGUGAAAAGAUAGAAUUGUUAAAUCACUUGAAUAAGGCAAUAAAAAUAAAUUAAAAAAAACAUACAGAACAUUUGUUCACAAGACUUUUGAGAACUGGAUCUUGUAGCCUAGAGUUUUUGCUUCAAAAUGUUGUGAAAAUUAUCCUGUUCACUCAUUCACAGAAAACAAUAUUCAUUUAAAUUUUCUAAGUCACUUUUUGUCUAGAAAGCCUGU